GUUUUAUGGUGAGGAAAUAUGCAAGUGCAAUCAUCAUGGAAGUAUUCUCUUGAAAGAGACAGAGUCCAUUAAAUUUGCAUUGGAUCAUUGACUUUUUUAGGUCAAUGCAUAUUGCAUUGGAUCAUGAAGUUGCAUUUUUUUGACACGUUAUUUCUCGUUUUUGCUUUUGAAAAAAUGAAUAAGUUCACAGAUUUUGAAGAUCCCUUCAUUUUUUUAAAAUAAUUAACUGUGAUGUUAUACAUGCUAUUCAUGUAAAACCAAGUAGAACGAAGACUUUGCAUUCAUGACGUCAUUUUAAGGUAUGAUAGCAUCGACUUGAUGCAGCUGCUCACGCUCACGUUCAGUGCGUUCACAAAAUACUGAACGUCUUAUCUGCGCCAAUCAGCAGGCUGAAGGGGAAAAUGUAGCAGACGAAAAGUUUACCAUAGAUAAAUAAAGUUGAAAAAUAUACCUACCUACGGAAGCUUGAAGUUAGCCAGCUGAGGGAGGAUGUCGGUGGUGCGGCGGCAGCAGCGGCAGUCGGAGGAGCCCGACUUUAGCCUGCCAGACGUGGCUGAGGUGCCUGCACUCAGCUGCCAGCCGCCCAGCAGCCCCGACCAGAGCCCAGAGGCUGAUCGCUUCUUCGACACACACGAUGAUCGUCUGCGCAGACAGUCAUCCCGCUCCUCCACCGGCAGCCGCAAACUGACGUCGGCACGCUCGUUCGAGAAUCUCCACCAGACGGUCUCCUCUCAAAGUCUGCCCGUGCAGGAGAGCAAUGGGUCAUCUACGGGCCCAACGCUGCACCGGUCUGCCAGCAGUCACAGCACGCCCCUUCCCGGCGGCGGUGGAGGGGGCGGAGGGUCCGGUCACAGACGCUCCAACAGCGGCGCGGCGAUGGCUCCGGCAGGUCCCCCGUCCCCGUCCACCGCCGGCCCGGGACUGCAGGAACAGAGUCGGGCCGCUUCGGAGACCGCCCGAGACGGACUGGGCGACUUCAGUCGACAGGAGGCGGGCAGCGAGGCGAGUCUCUCGGUGACUCGGCCCGACUCCACGCGCUCCUCCGACUCGGGCAGGAAGGAGAGUAAGCGGGCGCGCCGCACGCCCUGGUACAGCCUGCUGCGGAACACGUACAAACAGCGCUGCGACGAGUUCCGACGCACCUUCGAGAUACCGUCCGACGAGCGGCUCAUUGUCGACUACUCGUGCGCCCAGGUAGACGUCGGUAAAAUGAUCUACCACGGCCGGCUGUACAUCUCCCAGAACUACAUCUGCUUCACUUCCAACAUCUUCAAGUGGAACGUGUCUUUCUGCGUGGCUCUGCGGGAGGUGCGGGCCAUCACCAAGAUGAACGUGCUCGUCUUCCCAUCGGGAAUCAACAUAGAAACGGCCUCCGAGAAAUACGUACUCAGUUCCUUCGCCUCCCGGGACCGCGCCUUUGUAAACAUUGAGAACAUCUGGCGAAACUGUAUCGACAAGCAGGUGUUGUCUGCGUCACAGCUGUGGCAGAUGGUCCACGAGUUGUACGGUUCCGAGCUCGGUCUGACCAGUGACGACGACGACUACGUGGACCCCAGCGCAGAGGACGACUCGUCCAACAAACUGCGCGCCAGAAAAGCAGCCAGGGAGUUUUACCACGGCGCGGGUCCGCUGGAGGCGGACUCGGCGGCCGGCAGUGACGUGCCCCCGGCACCCACCACUCCCACCACGGCCGCCCCGCUGCGCUCGCCGCCCGGCCGCGAUGACGACGAGUCCGACACCACCGAGGAUGAACCAGCGGCGUUCGGCUGUGACGGCAGCCAGCACGUGGGCCGGCACGUCACCUCCCUGGAGCUGCCGCUGCACGUGGACCAGGUGUUCACACUGCUCUUCACACACUCUGACUUCUCCGAGGCCUUCCAGCGUGAGAGGAAAUACUACGACGUGCAGUCGAGUGAGUGGCAGGACGGUGAGGAGGCCGGCACCAAGGUGCGCAGCGUGCGCUUCCAGCUGGACGUGAACCACCCGCUGGGGAAGACCACCACCGUCACCGAGGAGCAGACCAUGCUGCCCUCCAGCCAGGCCGGCUACAUGUACGCCGUCGACGCCGAGGUCAACAACUCCGGGGUGCCGAUGGCAGAUGUGUUCUACCUCAUCAAACACUACUGCCUGGUGAAACUCUCCAGCAGAAAGACCAGGCUCAACAUCUGGUGUAUGGUCAAGUUCAGAAAAUCGACACUCUUCAAAGGUUUCAUCGAGAAGACUUCCAACGACGGCAUGGACGAGCACCACAGCCUGUUGAACCAGAUGCUGCUCGACACGACCGGAGAAAUUAGCAAGCACCGGCGCGCCAAGCGGCGGCGGGCGGGCAGCAAGGCUGGCGCGGGGGCCGACCUGCUUAGUGAGGCGUCCGUGACACUCAGCCCGCGCGGAGCCAAAGUGUCGCCACUGAGCGGCGGCGAGUCCCGUCCGGCCACCUCGGACCGCCUCCUGCUGGCCGUCAUGGCCUUCAUGCUGCUGCUCGUGCUGAUGAACGGCUACCUCUACCUGAGGAUGUCGCGGCUCGGGGAGCAGACGGAGGCGUUCGCGCACCGGGACAUACUCGCCGAGCAGCUCAGCCGGAGUCGGCCGCACAGCGUGGACGACUGUCUGCGAGUGGUGCAGCAGCAGGACAGACUGCACCGAGCCGAGCUGCACAAGUGGCAGGAGAUCGUCCACUCUGUGACGGCGCUGCUCAAACAGAGCGAGUCCGCCCUGGCCACACUGCAGGCAACGCUGGAGUCACAUCGGGCGCGGGACUGGCCGGCCGCUGCCGACCCGAGUCCCGUCCCCGGCGCGGGCAUCUGCGUGCCCUCAGCGGACCAGACCUGUCCAGUGGCCAGCUAAAGGCGGGCCCACACCGGCCGCAGAGACGGAGAGACCAGUCUGUGAUAUAUCCUACUUAUAGACGACCCGCUGCGCCGCGCGGCGCGCGCGCCGGCCGGGUACCGGGCUAGUGAUUGUUACCGGUUACAAAGGUUGUUUAUUUCUCAGAGUGUUGACGGACCGGCGCACCUGUGAUGGUCGGCGUCGUGUGACUGAGUGGUAAGAGAGGAGCACUGCACGGCACGGCACGUGAGAGUGUCCUGCUGCGGCUGAUUUUCUGCCGCAGCACGGAACUGGUUUGCACACAGAGCUCUACACUUACCUUUAUUUAAGCUAAGCCGUUGAGCCUAUCAUGAUAUCAAUUGCAUAGGGUGUGUCGUUUUGGUGACGAGUGUCUGCCUGCGCGCUGCCUCUGAGGACCUGUUAUUGAGGGACCGGUGGUCCGCGUGGACCGGGACCGGUGGUCCGUGUGGACCUGUACCGAUUCGGGCCGAGUGUGGCGCCCUCUGUGCGCCGGUCCGCCGCGGCCGGCCCGCUCCGUACCUGCGGCUCCCGGGCCGGCUGAGCCGGCGCGGCGCGCGACCCUCGCAGCGCUGGCCGCCGGGCGUUCUCACGGGAGCACAAACUACUUACGGGGAUUUCUGGGCGGCCACUCCAGUCCCCGCAGGGCUGCUGGGCGGCUCCGGAGUCCUCCAGUGCCGCUCCGGUCACAGUUUCCGUCGCUGUGCGGCUCCGCCCGGUGUCGAAUUGUCCUGUUAGGACGCCGGUCGCUGUCGGUCCAGUGGGACGACGCACGUUUUAGUCGUUGUUUUAUCGCGUCUAGUCUACGCCUCGAUCCGAUGUUGUGCGUCAUGCGAGCUGCCCGGAAAACACGAUCGAGCUCUACACGUGUACCGGCAUAUUUAUCUUUAUUUUAUUGUGUGCGUAACAGAUGGAUCCUCGGCUAGGGGUGAAAUAAAUCGUGUAUGUAUGACA